AUGGCAACGGACCAACUCAAAGCCCUGAGCGGCCUCAGCAAUGGCGCGAAAGCACCGGUUGCACCUCAACAGCCACUACCUAAAAUCAGGACGGUAGAAUACUUUCGCGUAAAACCCCGAUGGCUAUUCGUCAAGAUCACCGAUGACCAGGGCGGUUAUGGCUGGGGCGAAGGCACUUUAGAAGGCCACACGAAAGCUGUGGAAGGCGCACUAGAUGAGAUAAUUGAGAGAAUCAUAGGUAUGGAAGCGGAUGACAUAGAACACAUCUGGCAGCUCAUCUGGCGACUCGGAUUCUACCGUGGAGGACCGGUGUUCAUGUCUGCUCUAUCUGGCAUAGAUAUUGCGCUAUGGGAUCUGAAAGGCCGAAAGCUCGGCGUACCUAUUUAUCGUCUGCUUGGCGGCAAAGUGAGAAACAAGGUGCAGGUCUAUGCCUGGAUUGGCGGCGAUAGACCUAGCGACAUUGAGAAUGCCGCGAAAGCGCGAAUUCAGCAAGGGCUAAAGUGUGUCAAGAUGAACGCAACCGAGGACGUGAAUUGGCUGGACUCGCCUCGAGUCCUAGAGGGCACCAUCGAAAGAUUGAAGAUUGUAAAAAGCCUAGGUCUCGAUGCAGGCCUAGACUUCCACGGCAGGUUACACAAGCCCAUGGCAAAGCAACUUGCCAAAGCAUUAGAGCCAUACCACCCACUCUUCAUCGAAGAGCCGCUACUAGUUGAGCAUCCCGAGGCAUUUAAGCAGCUAGCCGGUCUCACCACAAUUCCAAUCGCUACAGGCGAACGACUUUACUCGCGCUGGGACGUGAAACGGUUCCUCGAAGACGCAUCCAUCGACAUCCUCCAACCUGACAUCGCGCACGCAGGAGGCAUCUCAGAAACCAAGCGAAUCGCACAAAUGGCUGAAGCCUACGACGUCGCAAUUGCGCCUCAUUGUCCGUUGGGCCCGAUCGCUCUGGCAGCAUCCAUACAGGUCGCUUUAUCGACGCCGAAUUUUGUGAUUCAGGAGAUGAGUCUUGGGAUGCACUACAAUGUGGAGGCUGGAGAGGAAGAUCUGAACACAUAUCUCGUGGACCAGACUGUUUUCGAUAUCGAGGAGGGAUACGUCAAGGCCCCAAUAGGUGCGGGCUUGGGUAUUGAGAUUGACGAGGAAGUUGUCAGAAGGAUUAGCAAGGACGCGCAGCCGUGGCAGUGUAAGGAAUUUUAUGGGCCGGAUGGAAGUAUUAGAGAGUGGUAG